UUACAGCUCAUCAAUUCCAGCACAAAUAUUUAAAAAAAAAUACUUCCUUGCUGUUGAUCACGAGUUUAAUAAACAUCAACGAUAUCCAUUUCGAAAUACGAAAACUAUAUGUGACUUCCUAAUAUAAGUGUAAAGUGCCGGCCUAGAUUGUUAUUCUAAACUUUUAAAAGAAGAAGUGUACUAUAGUGGAAACAACAACACGGAGCAAAUUGAUUUAUUAUUCAGCAAUUUCACGGAAUUGAAUUGUCAAAUGAAAAUUAAAUGUUCUCGUCAUUGAUUGUUUCUAAUUAGUGCAUCGUGUUGGCUCGUGUAAUUUUCAUUCUAUCUACGAUUGCUUCUCGAAUCUUUCCGUAAGCAAUAAAUAUAAAUAUAUUGAUAAGCAAUGGCUGACUACAUAACAUCGACAACUUCGUCUUCUCUACAUUCGUCACCAACCCGAAAACGUUCUCGUGAUUCUCUUGCCACACGAUCAUCGAGCUAUUUAUCUUCAUGCAAAGCUGCAGUCACUGUUACAUCAAACGUUGAAGAGAUGGAAUCAUUGGAAUCAGAAGCAUCGACACUACCACCAAGCAUUACCCAGCCGCGUAGUUCAAUUCAUAGUGUCCAAAAUGGUUUAACAUCAAUAAAAUCAAAGCCAAUCAUAAAAAAUGGUGAUAGUAAUCCAUCAAAUGGGACACCGUCUCAACCAUCGAUUGUCACAAUAUGCAAGCCUGCUCCAUCUUGCGAUGAUGAAGAUGCGAUACUCGAACGUGAGAGAUGUGAUUAUAAUAUAAAAAUUACAUACGAUAUGGCAAAAUCUGGUGAUACGCCACGUCGGGUGCGUGUAUACGCAGAUGGCAUAUACGAUCUUUUCCAUCAAGGACACGCGAGACAAUUGAUGCAGGCAAAAAAUAUUUUUCCGAACGCUUAUUUGAUCGUUGGAAUUUGCAGCGAUAGUUUGACUCGUAGUCGAAAAGGUCGCACGGUGAUGAACGAGAAAGAGCGAUAUGAAGCGGUGCGGCAUUGUCGAUAUGUAGAUGAGAUCGUAACUGAUGCUCCGUGGGAAUUGACCGAUGACUUUUUGACACAGUAUAAAAUUGACUUCGUGGCACAUGAUGAAAUUCCAUAUACGAGUGAUAAUCAAGAAGAUAUUUAUUCGAAAGUCAAAGAGCGUGGCAUGUUUGUGGCUACUGAACGUACUGAAGGUGUUUCUACCUCCGAUAUCGUUGCCCGAAUUGUAAAGGAUUACGACUUGUAUGUUCGCCGAAAUCUAGCACGAGGCUAUUCUGCCAAGGAAUUGAAUGUCAGUUUUUUGAAAGAGAAAAAGUUCCGAUUCCAAAAUAAAAUGGAUGAACUUAAAGACAAAGGGAAACGUGUAAUGAACGAAGUUAAAGGCGAUUUUAUUACAAAAUGGGAGGAAAAAUCGCGUGAUUUCAUCGAAACGUUUUUGUUAUUGUUUGGACGUGAUUCGAUUACAAACAUUUGGGAUAAAUCAAAAGGACGUUUAAUGCAAGCUUUAAGUCCACCAGGAAGUCCAAAUUUAUCUCCACGAAGUUCUCCACAUAAUUCAGUGAAUGAUGAUGACUGUGACAAAGAUUCAACGUCCUCUGAAGGAGAUUCCCCGAAAGCGAAACGUCUUGCUUGCACAAAUAGCGAAUUCGGUGCAAUUAGCCGAACCACACGCUCAACCAAAUCAAACAAUGCGAUUUUGGAAUCAGAGGAGGAAGAAGAAUUGGACGGUGGCGUAGCAACUCAACACAUUCGGAAAAAUGUCUGAUCUAACCAGUAACCACUUCGAUAACAAUAACAUAGAAUGUCCUCGUAUGCUCAAUUCCGCCGAAACAAAAAUGUAACCAUAAUGUGGAUUAUAGCAAGAGAACAAGAGAAAAAAAGAUUUCGUUAAAUAGCUUGCAAAUACAUCUUGUAUUAUAUUUUUAAUAAUAGAAAUUACUCGCUAAAAAAAGUUUUUAAAUCAAAAAAAUACAUACGAAUUAGGAAGUGUUCCGUGCUUUCUAUUAUCAUUAUGUUGACUUUUCCAAUUAUGCGAAAACAAGCUUGGUUUAGAUUCAUUAUUUAAUACUAUUAUAAUUAUUACUAUAUUAUUACAUUCAUUACUGAAUCUACAGUUUUGCACGUAAACUAUUUCCAUCAUAAUUCAUGAUUAUUAUUACAUACUAUCAGACAAUUCAUAAAAAUUCAGUCUAUUCUGUAAUUCUAAUCAAUUCAAAUAAACAUUUGAUUGGCAAA